AUUUUGUUUACUGUAAUCGAUCAUUCAAAUAAAUUGCGCUCGACGCUCAACGAGCCUGCAAAUAUGUACCAACGAUACAGCGGCGCAGCGCGCGAACUUAUGCGCGCGCACUAAAAGAACUCGUGUCCGGCGUUUUCUGUUCAAGUACGAGAAUUUAGAAAUGAUGAUGCAGGUUGGUUUUAUUGCAAUAUUUUUCAUAUUUUUAACCGGAAUGCUUUACUAAAUUCUUCGUUAUUUUGAUUUUUAGUCAUAUCAAGGUGCAUCGAAAGUUCUGUAAGUCUUGUAAUGUGUUUUGAUAUGUGUGAAAUUUGCUUCUAAAGUUGGCAUAUGCUGACGCCAAAUUUUCUAUAGGUACGUAGGAAACUUGGACCGACGAUGUACGGAAGAAUUUUUAAAGCAAGUGUUUGGCAAAAUAGCCCCGGUGGAGAGAUGUAAAAUGAUAUACGAUGUAAGUAAAUGAUGUCGCUAUUUUAAAACAAUUUUAUUCAAGCAAGGGCAAUGAAUAUACGGUGUUUUAUUAACGAAGUUCGCGGCAGGCGUGACGAGCUGUCAUUGACAACUAUGUGUUUGAAUCAUACAAACAGUCAUUUUGAAUUAAUUUCUAGGAUUAUAAAAAUAGUUAAGCCCAUUGGGACUACGUUUUCUUUGUACGUAUCAUAGACAUGUAUAUUUAUGUGUCUUUUAGGAAUAUUUUAUGCGUUUUAGCCGGGUUUUGAAUACUUAUUAUUCGCUUAUAAAGUAGACGAAUACCGACACGACACUGCAUUUGUUCAGCGACGUCGCUAGUUUGAACAUCAAAUUAAAACACACUUUCCGGUUUGUCUUGCUGUCAAGAAGCUAAACUUGACGUGAAGGUAUGUUUAAGGCUUCAUUUUGAAAUAUUUAACGAGUUUUAAGGUGAAAAGAACGCUUGGUAUAAAGUUGAGAAAAAGCUAGGGCAAGUACUCAGUUGGGUGCCAUUAUUUCAGGAUUUGAAAUGACCAAGAAAUUCCUUCUCUAUUAUCAGACGCUUUAAAAAAUGCCGUGUGCCUGAUCUAUUCAAGAAAUAGCUUGCCUUGUAGCUGUACUAGUUAAUAUAAUAAUAUAAAGGACAAAGAUUAUAGGCUACUAAUAUAAAACACAUCCACAAAAAGUCUGUAGGAUAUUUAUAAACGGAUAAUAAGUUGUCUGUGUAGUGUGUACAAUGUGAAUUUUCAUGUCAAUGAGAAGUGUUUAAUUGUAUAUGUUUUGUUAAAAGGUUUGCUUUUAUAGUUCAAUAUCUGUUUUGAAACUUUCUAAUGUGAUGGGACAUUUGUAAUAAGUUUUGUAUGUUUGAAUAAUAUUACCCACAUUUGGUGCUGUGUCAUUCAUGGACCUAUAAACAAACUAUUCGCUGGUUCGGGUUUCCAGACUGACCUCAUCUUUUUUAGCCGACCCUAAAAUUUUUGCCAAUGUAGGUGUGGCUGUCUGCUUUACUGCUGACUCGUGUUGUACGGUGCUCGCCUUAUAAUACAGAUAAUGCCAAACCUUGUUCAUUUGAAUUUAAAAUGUUCAUAUGUUGUGGCACGGCAAGACUUGACACUCUGACCUAUUUACCCUAAUUUUUUCAAGCUCUGAAGUGGGAACCCCAAGAUAUUUUGGUAGGCCUUGUCCAGAUAAAAUGCAUAAAUGUGCCACAAUCGGAAAUUACAGAUCACCGAUUAUUCAUGCAACAGUUUACCCAAUACUGAUUUUAUAAUGGUGUUAUAAUGUCAGUUGACCGAGUAAAGGUGACAUAAUUUGUUUUUGACUCACGGAUGUUGCAAAGCAAUGGGAAAUGACCAGCUUGCUUUGCACGCACUGUUUGCCUGCGAAUUGGGCCUUUCUGAAUUCACAUGGUGCCCGGUUUGGAAAAAAACAACUGCAAAACUGCUCUAAUUCUUUCUCUCACUUUUAUUUGAUCUUAUCCAUGAGUCUGCCUCAACAGCCUUUGAUUAUUUUUUAACAAUAAUUUCCAACCUAACAUGUUACUGUAACCAAUGUUCAUUAAUAACCGUUCAUAAAUAGACACUUCACAGAUUAAUUUUGUCACAGCAACAUAUUGCGUUAAAAUGCAACUUGUAUCAACAUGCGAUGUAUAUAAUUUUUAAAGCACAAUUUUCUCAACAAUCAAUUUUACAAUUACAGUACACAAUUGGAAAUACAAAUAAUUCUACCGAUUUUUAUUGUCUACUGAUAAGGCAAAAAUCAUUCUGAUUGAUACCGAUUAUUGGUCAGUCACUACAACAUUUGAACAUAGUACGGAAUUUUCUUUAGGAAUUAUGCCUUCUUUCAUGGCAAAAAGAUGCAAUUAUACAUAGGGAAAUAAAGUUUUGUGGCUGUCAGUUGUGUUGUGUCUACCCAGUUUGUUGUGGUUUUACAACCAUGCAUAUCCCCCCCUAUAAGCAGCAGGACAAUGCUCAUACAUGAGAAUGAUAUUCUACAUCAAUUGUGACAGCACAGAUGGCACAAAAUUAAAUAUUAUAUCAACUUUAAAACAAACAGGUUACACUUUAUAUAGCUAGUGCAAAACUGAUGCCAUAAACUGGGUAGGAAAAAUUUCUCCAAAUUUCUUUCCAAACUUCGAAUAAAAAGAUCCGUGAUUUUGGUGACCAAAAACUAGGUAGGAUAGAGAAACCAGAAACCCAGGUAUUUUGGCCUUACUUGAUGUUUUUGUGUUUAUUAUGAUUAUGUAAAUAGUUGAAGACUGUACAUUGCUUCCAAAAUGGACUAAAACCUUCUUUAGAUUCAAUGCAUUUUGUGUGCAACAUCCAUGUAGUGCAAAAUUAAAAUGUGCACCAAAAUUAGUCUUGUCAUGCCUGAAAUUAAGUUCUGAAUCAAAUGCACUGGGUCCCAAAUGCUAAAACGGUCAGCAAAGCAGUCAAAUUGCUUGUUUUUGUGUCUGUCCUGGGGACCCCAAAAUACUGUGGUACAGACAAGAAAGAGUGAAUCCAUUAACAUUUUGUGGUAACCAUUGCCACCCUUCCUUUGUGUAUAAGAUGAUGUCCAAAUGGGUUGUUGCAAAAAAAAUCAUCUGCGGUCGAAAAUUGUGAUGAUGUCUGGAAGGUGUGAGAACGAAGCUUACUUCUGUCUUUCUGAUGGUAAUAAAAAUGUGUUCGAAAGGGGAGGUUGUUAACUGCCUGAAUCCUUUGUAGAGUAGAUGUAUGUAGAUAAUUACCCAGUUCAGUAGAGAAAAGAAGUCUAUCAUGAUGAAUAAAGCAGAUUCUAACCCGGGACUUGAAAUAAUGGCCUGUCAAUGGCCAUAUGCUGGCCAUAUGUAUGUUACAGUAGUCAAAAAUUCAAAACAAGUUGGUGUCCAAUGGUUUAGGACACAAUCGAUUUGCAGUUUGCCAUUUUUGGUAAGCAGUUUGCCGUAAUGUUAUACCUGAGUAGGUCCAUUUUGGCAGUUCAAAAAUAGAAAUGGUAGACCAUUGAUAAUUUAUUUGACCUGACAAAAAAGUAGUUUGGCAGGCCAUAUGUUUUCCCAAUUUUGAGCAAUUCAUAGGCUCGGUGAAACUAAAUGGGCUAUUUUCAAGCAUGUUCUGAACUUGUAUUUUUGUAGCAUACUGGGAAUGACCCAUACUGUUUUGUGGAAUUUGAAGACCACGAUUCAGCAAGAAACGCUCUGGAAACAAUGAAUGGUAGACGUGUAUUUGAUCAGGUAGGUUUCCUGUUAAAACUGUUUAAAGAUGCUGUAAAAUCCAUAAUGUAAACAAAUGCUUUGUUUACGUUCUGAACUGCUAUAUUUGUAAAAUAUGAUAUACUAACUGAAUAUCUAACACUUUUCUGGUUCGAUAUGCUUGUAAAUGAAUAUAAACUCUAUGUUCUAAUUCAAAAAAGUUUGAAAGAUGGAAGAUUUGGGCAAUAUUUAUACUGUAUCUGCGGAUCCCCCUUUGUUAUGAGCAGAACUGAUGCGCAGAACAGACUUUACAGCAUCUUUAAUUAUUUAGCUUUGCCAAAUAGUCUACAUUAUGAGAUACAUACACUAAGAAUUACAGAAUUACAGUGAAUUAGUUAACACAAUGAGUGCAAGCGCUCUCCCUUGGACAAGUAAAAUUGUCUGGCAUGAAUCAGAGCAAAAUAAGGCCAAGUAAAAAAAAAAAUAGUAGUUUCUCGUCCCCGCCCGCAUCCUUUUUCCCUGCCGCAUGGAUUUUUCUUUUUUUUAAAAUUUUUAUAUUCGAGCCUUUCAAAGAAUUUCCGCUUAGUGUAUUUCGGCUAUUUUGCUCUUUUCGGCAUGGUUCGGUUGCCGUUUGGAAAUUUUCGUCAACUCUCGCUUGCUGUUGCGUAUUUUGGUGCCAUAUUGCAUUAGUAGCUGUUUGUCUGUUUUAAUAUAUUUACGUUUUAUGAGUAAACUUCAAUAUUUGCUUGUGUUUAUAUGAUUUAUAGGUUAUUCGGUAAACUUUAAGAGCGAUAUUUGAAGGUUUAACAAAAAAAAGAGAAAAAAAAGGCGCCCACAUUCUUUUUUUUCAAAAUUCGGACGAGAAACUACUAUUUUUUUACUUGGCCUAAUAAAGUAGGGCACAUUAUGGUACAAUGCAACUUAAUGGGUUACAUAACACCUUAGACAUUGUGCCGGAGUGUUCAAACAUUGCGUUUUGAAAUAUAUGUACCCAGGAUGGCAAAAUGUUUUUUUCAGAAUCUUUACUCUCUUUACAUUAAGACAAAGUUGAAGGUACACUUUUCAGAAUCUUUCCUCUCUUUUUAAGACAAAGUUGAAAGUACACUUUUUACAUAAAUAGUACUGUAUACUGCAUGUCAGAUUUUUAUAAUCGUAGGUGUAUAGUUUUGUAUUGAACACAGGGAGGGCCCUUAUUCAUAACAGCAUGGAAAUUUUAUUUGCUGACAAGGUUACCCUGUUUAAAUAUGUAUAGGGUUUGAAUUAACAGUGUGCAGUGUACCAUACAAUUUGUGCAACAUUUUGUCCAAAAUUGGGAAAAUUGCACAUCACUUUCCCAAACGAUGUGCAAAAAAUCUGUUAUUAGUAAAGUGGUUGUGACUAAUGCUUAUUUUCCUUUUUUUAUAUAAUUUUUAUCCAAGCUUUUCUAAAAAGGAUAAUUUCAGUUCAGUUGUUUCUUAUAUAUUCUAGAAAUUUUAUAAUGUAUGCAAAAUUUGAUAAAAGUGCUACUUCUUGAAAGGACAUAUUAUGACAGGCAUGUCUAAAACAUGUGCAUGCUGUUCUAUUUUUGCAUGUAGAUUGUGAUUGGCCAAUGCCAUGAGUUAAUUGACAUGUUUAUACCCAAGAAAAUACAUUAUUACAUUUUGUUCAUCUGCUAAGGUUUUAUUAAUCAAUUUUAACAAGUUUAUUUGGGUGUUAACCCAUUGAGCCGCAAUGCGCCCUACUUAUUUUUUUUUACUUGUCUAAUGCCAGACAAUUUUACUCGUCAAUGGGGAAGCUCUGCAGCUUAAUGGGUUAAUCAUGAAAGGCAAGUUUUCUUGCAGGCCUUCAUUCUCUGUUCAUCUUUCCAUCUCAAUGAGAGCCUGCCACUCAGGCAAAACACUUAGGGGGUAAUAUCUAUCACUUUGAGUUUGGAUGCCUUUUCUGGCAAAUCUACCUGUAUUUGCCUGAAAUGGAAACCAAGAUGUAUUUUGAUAAUACUAGAGAACGAAAUUUUAUCUCUGUUUCGGUCUUUUUGGGGUGGAAGAACCUUGGUUUGAUGUUGGUUUCGGUAUUUUUAAGUGAAGAACAAUUCAAAGAAUUUCUCAAUAAAUUGCAAUAUAACUUCAAAAUAAACAAGUUCUAAUAAGUCAAAUGAAACAAAAACAUUCUAAUUUCUUAGAAAUUCCUUAAAAAUUUCAUUUUCUUAAUUAAAUUAAGUUAAAGAGGUCCAAAUGUCCUCAGUUUAAGGAAAUUCUUUAAAAAUGAGAACGCUGAGAAACGACAACCUGUGUGAAACUGAAACGACUGGUUCAUUUGUGCAUGAUUGGUGCUGACUUACGGUGCUGACUCACAGAAGAAAAGUACCGGACCGACCAAAUAUUUCAGUUAAUUAAUGUAACCGCACAGCUCUAGAUAAUACCAACUUGCCAAAAAUUAGCAAGGGUUACUGUAUUGUAGUUACACCAUUGUUUAAAAAGUAGGUGUAUCUGUUUACAAAACUUUGUCUCCCACCUGCUUGUUGUGCUUUUAAAACACCUGAACACAUCACACAGUAAUAAGUGGUUUAUCCAUUCCUUCCUAACUCUUCCAUGUUUUUUCAUUCCUAACCACAACCAUCAGUUGUUAACCACAUGUUUUUUGGCUUCAUUAAAAGGAUAUCAAGGUGAAUUGGGCAACGAGCAACACGGGAAUGAGGAAAGACACAAGCAGUGAGUGCAUUAUUUUUUUCUCAGUUUAUAAACACCUGUCAUUUAGUCUAGUAUGUGCCUAGGUUUGAAAUGAAUAAACUGUUCAGGAAAUGUAAGUAAUAACUCAGGGAGUGUUGUUGUGGCAGCUAAGUAAGAUUAUAGUUGUUUAAUGAGGCAGUUUACAGUACUAGUAUGUACUACAACUAUUAUGUUGUAACUAUGAUGUUACAGUAGUUAUUUUAGAAAUUGAUUUGUGUUUAAUGCAUAGACAACUGGGCUGGCCUGUUAGAACUGGCUGUGAAUUAACAGCCGGCAAAUUGUCAUGUGAAAAAAAGUUUUGUGGGCCAAUAAAUUAGUGGCUUACAAGGCUAACUUUUCAGCCAGUUUUAAGACUGGAAAUGCCUUGCCAAACAGCUGGUCAUGAGGUAAAUUUCUUAGCUUAUUGCAUGAGUUCAUACCAAAACAACACACAUAUUACAGUAGAGAAACUUCUUGUAGGUCAAAAUUGUGAUUUGUAGGUCAAAACUAGCAUGGCCGCCACUACAAUUUUUAAAAAUAAUUGUAGGCCAGAAAAAACGCUUAAUUUACAUUCCUAUUCUGUCAUGGCAGGUUUAGUGCUGAUACAAAGUUGCUCCAUUUUUUUUCUGUUAGCUGAGGACACUACGUACCAUACACUACUAUAUAAUCAACAGGGAAACUUUGAAUAAAUUAUACAAAUCCUUAAUUCGUCCUCUAAUGGAAUAUGGAGAUGUUCUUUGGGACGGUUGUACAGAUGGUGAAAGUGACCUCCUUGAGUUUGUGCAAUAUGAAGCGGCUAAAAUUGUGACGGGUGCCAUGAAGGGUACUAGUAGGCAUUCUUUAAUGCAAGAAAUCGGUUGGGAAGAUAUGAAAACUAGGCGUUCUAUCCACAAGCUGACAUUCUAUUUUAAAAUUAUCAAUGAUUUAACUCCAAAUUAUUUAAAGGAGCUAUUGCCAUCUCAGGUGUUUGAGCGAACUCAUUAUUUUCUAAGAUUGUAUCCGGAUUUCACUCUAUUUCCAGUACGUACUGAGUGUUUCAAAAAAAUUUUUUUCCCGUCAUCGACUAUGUUGUGGAAUGAUAUUGACACAUCUGUGCGUAGUCUUGAUUCAGUUAUUUUAUUUAAAAAAGCUUUGUUUCGUAUUUUGAUGUUCCACAGCAAAAUAUGUUAUUUAACUUUUCUCUCGAUAGAUAUUCUUCCAUCAUUCAUACUCGUUUACGUUUAAACGUUUGUGCCCUUAAUUAUUAUCUAUUUAAAAUUGGGUGUAAACCAUCUCCUGAAUGUCUUUGUGGCUUUGAAGUUGAAAGUAUUAAUCAUUACUUUUUACAUUGUCCGUUGUUUGCUGCUCCAAGAUUGAAACUGCUCUCCUCUGCUGCAUUUAUUUUUGCUCACAGGUGGCACGCAAGGACUGAAACGCAGCUAAUAAGUGUUUUCCUUUCUGGAUCUUCGCAAAUCUCAGAAGAGGAAAAUGCUUACAUUUUCUAUUAUGUUCAAAGUUUUAUUAAAGAAACUGGUCGAUUUACCCAUGUUGAACCUUAGUACUGCUUGCCUAAAUAUAGUUUAACGAACUGAACUUACAUAAUGUGCUGAUUAUUAUUGGUAACAAGUUGUGUUAUGUGUGUCCAUUUAGGCCAAAAAAAAAAUAUGUGGGUUUCCGGUUUCUUCUUAUAAAAACUUAGGUAGGGUAGGUCGGUUUUAACUUUUUUUUUAAACUUUUUUUUUAAUUUUCCGAUCAAGCGGGCGCCAUUUUGUUUAGUCAGUGCUUCCACAUCCAAAGAUAAAUUUCCCUAAUAUUGCCUCAAAUUUCAAUUUUCCACAAACUUUUUUCUCUAAGUGGAAACACUUACAACCAUGAUCCAAUACAAAAGGUUAGGGUUGGGAUUUCGAUGUCCAAAAGCUAGGUAGGGUCGGGAAACCGGAAACCCACAUAUUUUUUUUUUUGCCUUAUGUAAAUUUAAUAGUGAGCCCCCAAGAUGAGCAAUUGUCGCUCUUGGGGCAAACUAUUGUUAUUUAAUUAUUUAAUAAAUAUUUAUUAUAUACACUACUGUUAAGAGAAUACAUUUGAUUUUUUCAUUAUUUUACCACAAGAUCACUUCCAUAUCUUUGUUGGUGAUCUUCCUGAUGAAAUGACGACAGAGCUUCUCAAGAGCUCCUUUGAGAAAUUUGGAAAAAUAUCGUAAGUAUUGUUUUAAUUUAUUGGCUUUAACUGCCUUUAACAUUUAAUGUUGUAUUUAUAUGUAUGGAUGUGUAUAUGCUUUUUAUACAUGCGUAUCAGUGUAUGUUUUCUACUAGUUUAAGGACUUUUGUACCUAGGGUCUAAAUUCCACUUAUUGGAUUCUAGCAGAAUGAGGUUGAGUUCACUGAGAUAGCUUUGGAGGCAGCCAGGGAUAGCCCACGUAUACAAGCUCUUUGACUGUAUGUGAAACACUCUUUUACAUGCCAGUACCUUACCUUGUACUCAAAGAUGACAAAGAGGAAAUGCAAACUUGUUUUUUAUAUGUAUAUUUGUAAGGAAUUAAAUUGACAUAAAACAUUGAGGAUUUUAGGUUUUGAUCACAGGAUUCUACUUUCAUCAUCAAACUUUUUUCUACUUUAUUUAACGUGAUACUUUCCUUAAAGUCCGGGUGUUUUCUCUUGCCAGGCAGCAACAUGAGUCAAAACGGAUUCGUUAGAUAAAGACUAAGGUUUGGCCUUAGGUUUUUUAUUCCUUCCUUUUUUUAUUCAAAUUUUUAUUCUUCAAAAUUAUUGGUAAAAAUUAGAUUCCAGCACAGCCACAGGCUAGACCAUGUACUAACGCCAGUUGGAAGUCUAGGUUUCAAUGUUUGGACAAUAUUUACCAGAUGAUAUAUUAACUUUUCUAAAUAUCUUUUUACAGUGAUAUUUUUAUUAAAUGUAAUAAAACUAAAAAGUAAUCUGAUCUUUCUGGUUAUGUAAUUUGCCUUACAGUGAAAUGCCAACUGAAGAAAACUGUUGUUGAAAUUGAAUGAAAAUAUUUUUAUCCACAGAAAUUUAAUUUGAUUAUUCUUUAUGGCAUGCAUUUUGUUUUCAGUGAAGUAAAACACCCUUGUCAUCUUGUGUUUCGUUUCACAACUGUAUAUGUUAGAAUAAUGCUUUCUUUAUAAGAUUGAAAUUUUGUUGUUCUAGUGUGCAUAAAACGUCAUGUAAUACUAUGUACCCUCUAUAUGUACCCUAUUUGCACCCUUUCUAAAGACAGAUUGACUCAUCUCAUAUUUAAGAUGAUGUUUGAGGUUUUUGUUGUUAUACAGUAUCCUAGUGUAUGUAAACUGUUGUGUAACACUGUGUACCCUCCUUGUUAAAUACAGAUGUGUGUCUUCAGCUGCUCAACAAGCUCGUGGCAACGUAUGCUUUCUACGUUGUUUUUUUCAUUUUUCACUUUUUAUUAAUAGAGAGAUCUUGUCUCCAAACUUAAAUGUAGCUUGGAAGAUGUAUUUAUUUUAAAACAUUUCAAGCAGCCUGGCAAGAAUUUUUAUUACGAUCCAUUUGCUCACACACACACACGACGAUUGAAUAAUGUGUACAUUAAAUUAAAAGAGUAAAUGUUUCCUUAGACACAGAUGUAGCAAGGCUUUAAAUUCUUGAUUGUCUUCUGCACAUUGUGGCGUGUUUUGCCUUUUCCAAGCUACAUUUACGUUUAGUUAAACUGAGCUGAUAAUGGACCUUUCCCCUUAUAACUAAAAUUUCGAUCUAGACAAAAAUUUUAUCACAGCUUGAAAGAGCAUCACAAAAUUAGUAAUAUUCCAAAGUUUCGUUGCAAAAUCUUGUAAAAUGCGGAUAAUAUAGCCUUGCGAAGUUUUCCGUUUUUCAGUCAUUUUGUAUUACAAACGGGAAAUUGACAUACGAUUCGGGUGUUGGGGCUGCAAUUUCCCGUUUGUAAUUCAAAAUGACUGAAAAUUGCAAAUUUCGCAAGGCUCUAUUUUCCUCAUUUUACAACAUUUCGCAACGAAACUUUGGAAUAUUACUAAUUUUGUGAUGCUCUUUCAAGCUGUGAUGAAAUAUUUGUCUAGACUUGCCUAGAUCAAAAUUUUGGUUAUAAGGGGAAAGGUCUAUUAAGCUGGUUUCGCUGGUAUUGUUUCCACCAGAAAUUUCUCAAAUCUGACAGGGUAAACGUGUUGUUGGAAAAUUCACCGUCGUUGUCAUGUUGUUAGCCAAGUUUCCCUUUUCUGAAUUAUGGAUUUAAGAAAAUUUAUUGAGAUUGCUCAGGGCAGGGCUGAUACUGUACCUCUUAGAACAGGCUGAACACCAAUCAAAGCAUAAGUAUAUUAAGUCAUUGAGAGCAAUGGAGAUACUGUCUGGAUAGAACCAUAAUGAUUGCCAAGCAUAGCAGCAUAUUUGACUUCAACAUACCCAGACUUUCUAAUCUGCGCACCAGUUGCUCAAUUGAAAACACGAGAGCAGAUUAUAGUGAAGGAGUACGAGGUUGAAUCCUUACAACUCGAAAGUAAAUAAUUAUUUCUGAACGAAUAUUCAUAUAGCAUUCAUUGCAUAAUUGGUGAGGGAAUAAAAUAGUGAUCCUGUCUUCAAACUAUCGAGUUCACUGCUUGGAGCUUCUCUAUUAGCCAGAAAUCUGUGCUUACUAUUUCUAAUAUAUUUGACUUCUUCAACAGAGAUGCACGAGUGGUAGUUGAUGUUGGAACUGGAGCUUCAAAGGGUUAUGGCUUUGUUUCAUUUUAUAAUAAAAUUGUAAGUAGCGCUGUAUCUUUGAAAAGGUUUUUUUUUAUUUUCUGCCUUUUAACAAGUUUCUAGAAUUGUUUUGUUAUAUCCAAUUAAGCGGUAGUGGAAGUCAAAUCUGAACCUCUUUUUAAGAGAGUAAGCUUUAGCAAUGUUUUUUGUCAAUUUUUAGAGUGCUGAAAAUGCCAUCAAAGACAUGAACGGUACGUAUACACAAUCUAUUCAGGCCAAAACAUUCGGCGUUCAGGUUCAAAAAUUAUAUUCAAUUUCGGUCACAAAAAGGAGGCCGAGAAGGCUUAUUAAAAUGUACAUAAAAGGAUAUUUAAAGGACAAUGGCACCGAAAAUUUUUAUUGGCUAUUUCAAUCCUACUUGACGACCUAACUAUGAAAAUAUUAUCAUUUCGUUCUCAAACAUUUUAGUUUACGAGUAAAAUGCAUGCAAACUUUGUCUUUCGCCGCCAUCUUGGAAAUAUUUUUUGACAAAUUAUCUCGAAGGUCAAUGAACUUUGUGACGUCAUUGGAUGGGUAGCACUAAAACUACAAGAGAGAAUUCUAUUGCGUGCGUGUUAUGUUAGCUAAAAAUAUGUCGUUUUGAGCGUUAUAUUGGCCAACACUUUUCGCAAUCAAACAAGAUAAGUCUACACUAUCAGAUAAAAACAUAUCGAGCGACUGGGAAAGCAAGGAAUGGCGCAAUUUAUAAUACAGGUAAUUGAUCAUAAAAUAUUGCAUUAGUAUUUGUCUUGCUGCACUCGAAUUUCUGCGUUUAUUUAACACGGAGUAGGAUAUAUACUAUGAGAAAUAGUGUUACAAACAAAUUACAUACUUGGUAAAACUUUGCUGCCUUUUGUUUCGGUUCAAAUGCACUACGCGUGGCAAUACUCGGUAUUGUUUAUAGUCAUGAAAUUGUUUUUACCCAGCCAAUGACGUCAGAUAAUGUAUUUGAGGCAUAAAUUAGCAUACGCGCUUAUUUUCAAAAUGGCGGACAACUGUUGAACUUUCUAUCAAAUUUUCUCAUCAACUAAACGCGACAAACCGGCCAAAAUAUGAAAUUAAAUAUUCCGCAAGUAUACCUAAGAGAUAUAAGUAAUAAAAAUUUUGGGUGCCAAUGUCCUUUAAACAUAUCACCUAGAGCGCAUAUUCAAACUGUUGUACAUAUCCCGCGAAAACAAACGACUGUAUAUGUAAAGCAAAAUGAGCAAGGCCGGAUUUUGGUGGAAAUAGUGGGGGAGGAGAAAAAAAUUAGGGGAGGUGCAGCAGAGCCUGGAAACGAGGUUGGCAGCAGUCUAGCUCACGAGUCACGACCCCCCAUGGAAAGUUCGCGCUUAGAACGGGCUAAAGUCAACGACGUGACGUAUGCAUGCAUGCACAGUAGUAGUUUACAUAUGUAUCAGUGUUCCACUGUACAACUCAUCCAAUUUUACCCUUCAUUACAAUUACUCCAAAGUUUCUUUCAAAACAUUGCAUUAAAAGGGUACUUGACACAGAUGAAUGGCUAUCACUGUUUCAAUUUUACAGGAAAACUUUCUUGCGAAGUCUAGACCCCAACUCCCUAACCAACCAAAAAAUGUCAAAUUUUCACUUUGAUCUAUCAUUGAAACUUUCCCAAGGGGAAGUGCGUGCAUGACUUUCCAGGGGAGGUGCAAAACGAUCUCAGGGGAGGUGCGCACCUCCCCUCAAAAUCCGGCAAUGAUAAUGAGCAUAAUGAACUGGAGAGCUUCAUGUUGUUCCAUAUUUUACAGGUAAAACACUGAAUGGUAAACAGAUCAGAACAAACUGGGCGUCUCGUAAGCCACAGCCACCACAAGGUAGCGGUAUGUGGGGAUUGUCAGGCAUGGCAUGAUUUUCUUAUUGAAAUUGAAAAUAAAGUAACUGUAAAUUCAUAACUAGUGGAAGUCGGUUCAUAAAAUCUAUGAUAAAUUUGAGUAAACCAUUGAGCGAUAUGAAAAUAUCGUAGAGUAUAAAUGUUUGACCUUUUGUCUAUUUCUUGCUCGUUUUCAGUGAAAAAACCAGAUCUGAAUGAAGUCAUAAACAAAACUAGUAUUUAUAAUAAAACUGUUUAUGUUGGAAAUCUCCCUGAUCAAGUUGCUGGUGAGUAGUGAGUGAGAUCGGCGAUUUUUUCUCAGUUCCGAAAAUCAAUAACCAAAAGCAUACUGUUCACACUACUGUAUCUGUUGUUUUUUAGCGGAAAGACUAACAGGUGCAUUCAAAACGUAUGGAAAUAUAAUGAAUAUCAGAGUACUAGCUGAUAAAGGAUAUGCUUUUAUAACGUAAGUGGGUAGACGCAAUUUGAACUAUAGAUGCUUUAGCUCUAUCAAAACCUAUUGUUUAACAGUGCGCCAUCCAGUCUUCUUUGAGGUCAGUGGUCUCUGUUUACACUGGUUUACAGAUCGUUUCGAUGUGUUUCAGGUUCGACGAUCAUUACCGGGCAGCGGAAGCCAUUUGUGGCAUGCAUGGGGAGAACCUUGAUGGAAAUGUAUUAAAGGUGAGGUUCGAGCGUUCUUCUGCUCCUCAGUACCUGGAUACACCAGUGAGCUCUCUCUCUAUAUAUAUAUAUAUAUCUGGAGUAAGAACUUCGGUCAUUCUGCCUAUGAGAAGGAUGGCAAGGUGGCGAAAUGGACCAUUCCCCAAUUAACCAAAAUUUUGAUCUUAACAAAUCUAGACAAAAUUCUAUCGUAGCAUGAAAGAGCAUCACAAAAUUAGUAAUAGUCCAAAGUUUCGUUGCGAAAUGUUGUAAAAUGCGGAUAAUAUAGCCUUGCGAAAUUUGCAAUUUUCAGUCAUUUUAGAUUACAAAUGGGAAAUGGUUACCACUUUUCCAAAAUUUUGAUCUUAACUAGCCUAAACAAAAAUUUCAUCACAGCUUGAAAGAGCAUCACAAAAUUAGUAAUAUUCCAAAGUUUCGUUGCAAAAUGUUGUAAAAUGCAGAUAAUAUAGCCUUGCGAAGUUUGCAAUUUUCAGUCAUUUUGUAUUACGCACAGAAGUGGUAACUAUUUCCCGCUUGUAAUCUAAAAUGACUGAAAAUUGCAAACUUCGCAAGGCUAUAUUAUCCGCAUUUUACAACAUUCUGCAACGAAACUUUGGAGUAUUACUAAUUUUGUGAUGCUCUUUCAAGCUAUGAUGAAAUUUUUGUCUAGACUUGUUGAGUUCAAAAUUUUGGUUAAUUGGGGAAUGGUCCAUUGGCGUCCAAUAGCUAUGAAGGUCCGCCAACUUCACGUGUUGGAUCUGAGUCCUGAUUUGGAGCUCACUGGGAUGUAUAGACUUCAUUAUCAGAAAAGUGGUAACUAUAGGCAUCAACAUUUGUGAGUUGAUGAGAUCAACUUGGUGUAGACAAUACUGUAGCCAGUGUCUUCUUCUUUAGUGUUCAUGGGGUAAAGAGCAAGAUGGCCAGGGUGGUAAUAUGCAACAGUAUUAUCAACAACAGCAGCAACAACCUUUCUAUUACGGUGGAUAUUACCAACAACAACAGCAGCACCAACAACACUCACAACAACAGAUGGGAGCACAAUACAUGCACAUGCAAGCACAGCCAGGCUAUUAUUAUCCUAAUCCAUACGGGUAGGUGAUUUUAUGGUUCCUGUAAUUUGUUCAUUUUGCCUAAUAUUGGGUCACAGCUAAAACAUUUUUUUAAUCUUUUUUAGACACAUGAUGUCUAUGGCACCUGGUUAUCCCCAAGGAGGUAAGAGACCAGUUUAUUUGACCUCGAACUGAAAUCUCAUGUUUGUAACUUUGGGAAAUGGUGGACCUUUUUGUGGGUCAGAUUAUACCUACAGUACUCGGUGUACAAGACUAAAAUGAUUUUCUCACUAAGAUAACUGCAGAUUGACCACCAUUUGAUUGAUUUAAACAUUUUGUUACUGCAAGGAAUACAUACUCGUACAUAAUAGUUUGAAGUAAUUAAAACGUAAAUUAAAAUAGUUACAGUAGAUUUUAAAACUAGGGUUAAGGUCAGGGUUGAUACUCGUCUAUGAUCUUAGAACCGUUAGUGUUUUUGUUGGGGUCUUACAUGAAGUACUUACCUUUUCUCCUAGGUCCACACAUGCAAAAUCAAGGCGGCCCAGGAAAUGGUCAACAAGGACCAAAUGGCGUUCACAAUGCAGGCCCGCAAGGAGGCGGAAUGGGAUAUUGAGUACAGCCUGCGGGUUUCAGGCUGGUGCUUAAACACAAAAAAACAAUCCCUACAUGGGAAAACAUGAAAAUAAAAAGCCAAAACUUUGUGUUUGGUGGCGAAAAAAGCAACGGAGAACAAUUCUCUGUUUAAAAUGCAUGGCGUCGAAAUAAAUUUCGCUCGAUGUGCGGUGCAUGGGGAAAUUGUAAAGAUAAAAAUGUUCGUCAGUCAGAAAAACACUGUAAAAAGAACACGCAUGUAUCAUCAUCGUCGUUUUGUGUAACUUAGAUUGUAUUUGUAGAAAUGUCAAUGAAAUGUCGCGUUCCUGUCUACAGGGUUGUAU